GAAUAGUAGUGUAUGUCAAACGAAACUUACAAACAUUUGAUUCGAAGAAAAAAAUUCGCGAAUAAGUUUCCUUUUUCCCCGGAGUUUGUAUCAUUGACCUUUUUUGACGUUUUUCUUUUAUUGCGCGGUGCGGAACAACAACAACAAAAAAUCAUCAAUUUUCGGUAAACAUAUCAGAAAAAUUCCAAAUUUUUGUGUCAGAAAUGACAGCGAAUCUCGCAAUCGAAUUACAAAAUCAGUUGUCGGUGGCUCGUAAUGAAAUCAAAAACUUACGAAAACAAAUUCAUUCAUUGUCGUACAUCCAUCAAACCGAUUUGAAAAUUAUCAAAAAUUUGCUCACCGAUUUCAAAUGCAAUGGAUGCAAAGAACAACAAAAGAAUGGUCAACCAGCUGCGCGGUCGAUUGAAUCGGACCCAAGUGAAAAGGAUCCAAAUUUGGUAACAUUCAAACCAAUUGGAUUAAUUCACACCCAUUUCCCCGAAAAAAGAGCCGUUCCAAGACAACCGAGUGUUUGUUCCAAACUUGCCGGAUAUAUUGAACUUAACAAAGACAUUUUUAACAAUCCCGAACAUUCAUUGGAGCGACUUGGCGACUUUUCACAUUUGUGGAUUAUUUACCAUUUUCAUAAGAAUGAAUCGCAUGCCAAGGCAAAAGUGGCACCACCUCGACUGGGAGGCGAAAGAGUUGGCAUUUUCAGCACACGUUCACCUCAUCGUCCAUGUGCCAUCGGACUAUCAUUGGUCGAAAUCGAUCGAAUUGAUGGUUGUCGCAUCUAUUUUAACGGAACUGAUAUGAUUGAUGGCACACCAAUUCUUGAUAUAAAACCAUACAUUCCCAGAUAUGAUAGCCCAACACGAAAUCGAUUAACAGAAACUCAAUCAGUAUCAACAGAGGAUGAGAGUCAAGCGUUCGAUGCAAGAGAGGAGCCGGAUGGCGAAGAGACAAUUUCACGUAAUGCACAAGCACAAGGACAAGUGUUAAGCCCAUCGCCGGCUGUUAGUUCCCAGACUGUUAAAGUACCGAAUUGGAUUUUGGCCGAUACAACAUUGGAAGUUGUUUUCAAUGAACGAGCCACUCAACAAAUCGUUGAAUUUCGAAUUAAUCGAUCAAACAUAGUGGAUGUACUAAAAAACGAUCCACGAUCGGUGUACUUAAAAACACGAUAUGGUUCGCAAAUAUUUACAUUUCAAUUGGGCGAAGUGACCGUAACGUGUAAAUUUAAUGAUGCAAAUGGUAUUGUUACUGUUGUUCAGAUUCGAAAAUCAGAGAAUUUAUCGAGUGAAACGUCGUCAUCGCAAAACGAGACUCACGUCAAGUAAAUAAACGAUGGCGACGGUGACGGUUACGGUGACAAAAAAAACAACAACGAGAACUGGACCAAUCUCACGAUACCAAAAACAUCACAAAACCAAUAUGAUGCGCGCGUACAAUUAAUCUAGUUGCUAUUUUGUGUGAUACAUUUUUAUUUCUAUUUGAAACAGAAAAAAAACCAUGCUUAUGUGUUGUAUUAUUAUGUAUUAAGUCGAACAUACCAAAAUUGGCUGAGACGAAUAUGUUAUAAACAUAAAAUUGA